UCUUAUCUGCUUGGAGCAGAAUCAAAAAUUCUGACGAUCCUCCAAGACUUGUGCUAAACGAUUAUCGAGUUGUUGAGAUAAAUGCAACAUUAUUUAUCGAAGUUAAAUCAUCUGGAAUUUCUAAAAUGACCUUUUUAACAGAUCUUGAUAAAAUCGAUAUUCUAAGAAAAUAUACUUGGUAUUGUCAUAAAUCCAGAGAAUGUAACACAUAUCAUGUUAAAUCAUCAGAUAGCG